AUGGGCUUUGGAGGCGAGUACGUCUGGCUCGUCCCCAAGCGCGCGCCUAGGCCCAAGAUGAUGGUCGACAAUUUCUGGACCGACAUCCGCGGCAGCGCCGACGGCAACCGCAAUGACGACCUGGCCAAGGGUGCCGGCGGCGACUACCGCUACUUCUCGUGGUCCAACAAUAUGGAUGCCACUCACUAUGUUACCGAUGUUGCUCUUUGGAGAACCGGCGACGCUCAGCACAGCCCCACGGAUGGCUGGGACAGCAUGACGGGUGACAUCAACAAGGGUCGUGGCGGCGACUAUCUGUACCUGGUGUGGCGCAAGAAGCAGUACUGCGGACCCAAGGGUUUCUAG